GGUUUUUUUUCCUGUGCGUGCCGCUAAACACUUUGCUCAAAGAACGAAACGCUCGGUUAUUUCUGUUGGGUGUUUUUCCAACCAUAUUCGACAUGUGUUCGGCAAACAUUUAAAUGCUUAUCAAUAGAAAAGGGGGUUCGGCAUUCGAAGUCGGCUCAAAUAAGUGACUGCGUUAUGCAAUUGUAUCUUUUUGAAGGAACUCGAUAUUUUUUGCUCGUGGUUUGGCAACAAACUCGCCACACACUAGCCAGUAAAUUUCACCCCUCGCGACAACAGAGACCCACUUAAUGGCCAUAACAUUCUGCCGAAAUAAGGCCAGGCAAAGUUAAUGUUUUCCUACCCCCUAAUUCCAGACGAAGUUGUCUGAAAACUGCCUCCACCCAUUCAGAAUGGAGCCAUACAUACGGACGUCUUUGCUCCUUAUAUAAAACAGAAUCACACUGUAAAACCGUAUUGAUUUAUCUUAUUUACCCUCUUGAAAAGGCCGAUAUGCUCCUUGCUCUCAACUAGUAAUAAAUAAAAUCAGUGAACAAUGACGACAGCUCAGCACCAACACUACACCGUCGAGGUGGGGGACACCAACUUCACCAUCCACAGUCGGUACAUUAAUCUACGGCCCAUAGGAUCAGGUGCCCAAGGAAUAGUAUGCGCCGCUUACGAUACUAUCACCCAGCAAAAUGUGGCGAUUAAGAAACUAUCUCGACCAUUCCAAAAUGUAACCCAUGCCAAGCGAGCAUAUAGGGAAUUCAAGCUAAUGAAGCUUGUUAACCAUAAAAACAUAAUUGGCUUACUUAAUGCUUUUACGCCGCAAAGGAACUUGGAAGAGUUUCAGGAUGUCUACCUGGUCAUGGAGCUGAUGGACGCUAAUCUCUGCCAGGUCAUCCAAAUGGACUUGGAUCACGACAGAAUGUCCUAUUUGCUUUAUCAAAUGUUGUGCGGAAUAAAACAUUUACACUCAGCAGGAAUUAUUCACAGAGACUUAAAGCCAUCCAAUAUAGUUGUAAAGGCCGACUGCACUCUAAAAAUUUUGGAUUUCGGUCUGGCACGUACUGCAGGAACUACCUUUAUGAUGACUCCCUAUGUGGUCACCCGAUAUUACAGGGCUCCAGAGGUCAUUUUGGGCAUGGGAUACACAGAGAACGUGGACAUAUGGUCCGUCGGUUGCAUUAUGGGCGAAAUGAUACGGGGCGGUGUGCUGUUUCCUGGAACGGAUCAUAUAGAUCAGUGGAAUAAAAUUAUUGAGCAAUUAGGUACACCAUCACCCUCGUUUAUGCAACGGUUACAGCCAACCGUCCGAAACUAUGUGGAAAAUCGUCCUAGAUACACUGGAUACUCAUUUGAUAGACUUUUCCCCGAUGGCUUGUUUCCAAAUGAUAAUAAUCAGAAUAGCCGCCGGAAGGCUUCUGACGCUAGAAAUCUUCUUAGUAAAAUGCUAGUCAUUGAUCCAGAGCAGCGGAUAUCUGUGGACGAGGCUUUGAAGCAUGAAUAUAUCAACGUGUGGUAUGAUGCUGAGGAAGUGGAUGCUCCCGCUCCGGAGCCAUAUGAUCACAGCGUGGACGAAAGGGAACACACUGUGGAGCAGUGGAAGGAGCUAAUCUAUGAGGAAGUCAUGGACUACGAAGCACACAAUACAAAUAAUAGAACGCGGUAGAGAACGACUUUUUCCUCCUUAGUCAGUCACAAGAAAACUAAAGCUUACCAACAAUACGGCGUGUAUUGUUAAAUUAUUACAACAAAUAAAAUAUUCAAAUUGUAUUUAAAAAUAUAGUAACCAUUAAAAAAUAAAAUCAAUAUGCG